GUUGUGAGUGGACCCAGACGGGCAUGUUAGCAGCGUGAGCUCGCACACUUGAAUCGGAGGGACUGCAGAAGACGCAAUCGUCCCACCAUGGCGGCUUCUGAUCCCAACAAGUUGAUCUCCAAAGCCGAUAAGCUAACAAGACUCAGUCUCACGAGGUGGAAUGCAGAUUGGAAAAGUGCUACUGUUCUUUACGAGCAGGCGGCUAAUGGGUUUAGAGUUGCCAGGGACUAUGUGAACGCCAAAAUUGCAUAUGAGAAAGCUUCCAAAGGACAAGAGAUGCUUGCUUCACCUUGGGAUGCAGCUAAGCACUUGGAAUCUGCUGCUGCUCUGGCAAAGGAUCUAAGCAACUGGCAAGAAGUUGGGGACUUCUAUCGAAGGGCAUCUGAAUUGUACAUGGAGUGUGGAAGACCACAACCUGCAUCAGACGCUCUUGCAAAGGGAGCUCGUGCUUUGGAAGAUAGCAUGUCUGAAGAAGCUAUUCAGCUAUAUACAGAUGCUUGUACAAUUCUUGAGGAUGAUGGAAGAGAACAAAUGGCCUUUGAUCUUUAUCGUGCUGCCACUAAUGUUUAUAUAAAACUUGAAAAAUACACAGAUGCAGCAUCUUUCAUGUUGAGAUUGGGCUUGGCAGCUGACAAGUGUAACGCUUCCAAUAGCCAGUGCAAGGCAUAUCUUAGUGCAAUCAUUAUCUACCUUUAUGCUCACGACUUUAAGCAAGCUCAGCAGUGCUAUAAUGACUGUUAUCAGAUUGAUGCUUUUGUCAGAAGUGACCAGAAUCGUUGUGCCAGCAAGCUACUUGCUGCCUACUCCGAUGGAGACGUUGAAGAAAUCAAACGUAUUGCUCAGUCAAGUACUAUUUCAAAUCUUGAUCAUGUGAUCAUUCGGCUUGCAAGGAAACUUCCAACAGGUGAUGUGAGUGCUUUGAAGUCUGACAAUGCUGAAGAUGAAGAGCAACCACUCGAUGAAGAUGACCUGACUUAACUUCUGACAGUGUUUUCUAUCUAUGAUGAUGAACCCAUUUCAAUAUGACGAGUGAAUUGAAUUGAUUAGUAUAUAUCGGUUUUUGUAUAAAAAAAAAUUCGUUUCUUUUGUGAUACAUGUGGAAUGCAGAUAAUAAGAGGAGCAUUGUAUUAUUCGAUUGAGAUGCAUCACUUUGAUGUACAUGUUGAUAAGCUUUAACUUUAUAGAAAUAUUUAGUACUUUUUUCUAAUGCCA